AUUUUAAAUAAGUCUCUGCUGCUAAAAGGAUUGAACGGCGCGUUUCCUGCUGCUUCUAGCCCACCGCCGGCCAUGGCAUAUCCCUCCCCGUUCAGACUGCCAUGGAAAGCGACACCCACGAACUCCACAUUGAAGCUCUCCAAUUCCUCUCCAAAAUCCUCGAAUUACUCUUCCUUACACACUAGACGUCGCCGCUUCAUCACUUUCUCUCUCGAAAACGCCUCGUCUUCUUCCUCAGCUGAUUCGAACAAGUCCGUGAAAAUCGAAAUUUCCAGUCAAAAACCGGCUGUUGUUCCUAAGAAAGUGGAAAAUGAUGUUCCUUUGCCUUCUUCUCGGAAUCCGACGGAACAAACCCUAAGUUUCAGGUCUCUGUUCGGGAAGAGAAUCCUGUGGAGAAGGAUUCUCUUCGUGUCCAAGAAAGUUAGGAGCAUUAUUCUGCUCAAUGCGAUUACUGUUGUUUAUGCUAGUACCAUUCCUGUUGUGAAGGAGGUUGAAGCAAUUAUGGACCCAGCAGCCUUCACAGUUGUGCGAUUUAUGGUGUCCGCCAUUCCAUUUGUCCCAUUUGUAUUGCGAGCUCAAGCGGAUGUUCACACCCGCAAUGCAGGACUUGAAUUGGGUGUCUGGGUCAGUUUGGGGUACCUCAUGCAGGCACUUGGACUCCUAACAUCCGAUGCUGGGCGUGCAUCAUUCCUAUCUAUGUUUACCGUAAUAGUGGUUCCCUUGCUUGAUGGUAUCUUAGGAGCAGUAGUUCCUGCCUGCACAUGGUUUGGUGCAGUUAUGUCCAUCAUAGGGGUUGGACUGCUAGAAUCCAGUGGGUCUCCUCCUUGUGUUGGAGAUCUCUUGAACUUCUUAAGUGCGGUAUUUUUUGGAAUUCAUACACUGAGAACUGAACAAAUCUCUAGAAGGACAAAAAAGGAGAAUUUCUUAGCGCUUCUUGGUUAUGAGGUUUGUAUUAUUGCUCUUUUCUCAAUGCUGUGGUUCUUUCUUCGAAGCUGGUGUGGGGGCACUUGGAAGUUGAAUCCAUCAUUUUGGACCUGGAAAGUGUUCUUGGAUUCGAUCAUCAGGUUUCCAUGGAUUCCUGCACUUUACACAGGCAUAUUCUCAACUGGCCUAUGCUUGUGGGUGGAGAUGGCUGCUAUGUGUGAUGUAUCAGCCACAGAAACUGCAAUAAUUUAUGGAUUGGAGCCUGUUUGGGGUGCUGGUUUCGCAUGGUUUUUCCUUGGUGAAAGGUGGGGUACCGCUGGUUGGAUAGGAGCUGCACUUGUGCUAGAUGGUUUUUACAUGGAUUCCAUGUGUGAAAUUAUUGCCUUUACUAUGAAGUACAAGAAAUGGUGAAAUUACGAUCUGCCUGCUGUUUGGAUGUUGAUUGCAAAUAUCUGCAUUGAUUUUUAUAUCUGGUUUCUAAAUCUCCUCAUCUUUUUGCUGUUCCCUUGCCCUUAGAGAUUCUAAAUUAUAAGGUGCCAAAACGAGGAAUAAUGGAUAUGAACUGGGAAAGCAUAUAUGGAAAAUUAACAUGGUUUUCCUGUUUACGAGAAGUUAAGGCAAGUUAAGAAGCUAUUAACACUAUAUAUGAAUCAAUUCCAACAAGCUGCUGCAAAUAUAGAAAUUCUCAAUAUGGUAGGCAAAUUUUUUAUUGAGGAACAAGGACUAAAGUUCAAUCUUCUUAUUGCUGAUUUGAAUGGAUCAUUGUUAUUCUCUCACUGAACUAGUGGGUUCACUCCCUAUUAUUGCAAGCUCUUAUUUAAAAUUUAACAUUUGGCCGUCUCCCUGAAGCAUCCUAGACAUAUAAACCUAUGAUGUAGUAUCUACAUAUGAAGUAUCUUUCUCCAUGGUGUAAGUUCCCUCUCAUUUUAAUUGUGUGGAUUUUGAGUUACCCUACUCAAAACAAUAUCCUCAUCUACUUCCUAACUGCAGUAUUAUUAUGGAUUCUUUUUGGUAUUUUAACCCAGGUUGAUGAUGCAGUCUUUUAGUCAACCUGAUACCAUGAUCAGAUCUUGACCUAGGAAUAAUAUGAAGUUUUUUUUUCCUGGAAUGCCUGACCAAUGCUCAGUAAUUUAUUCUUUCAGUUAUGACAAUUUUAAAGUUAUAAUUUUUUGGUAGGUGGAAGCUUAACAGUGCAGAUAUUUGGAUCAUUAUCCUCUGUGAAAUCUGGUGAGGAUGAAGAGUCGAGCAAAAUAGUUGAUUGUCUUAUAGUUUCAGAAAAGCAAGACGGUUUAUCUGCCUCUCCAGUAAUAGUUAGCUCCAGAAAGGAUACUCCUAGGCUUUAAAAGAAGUAAGCAACAUAUUCUUUCAUUUCUAUUUCUUUUUGGCA